CAGUAACGAGGACUUCGGGAGCACAUGAGUGUCAAAAAUCUCCCGUCAUGCCGCUCUAUUGAGAGAAGUCUCAGAGCUGCCAACUUCUUCGCUUCUUGUCGCAUUAUUCGACAUCCAAUUUUUCGGAGCUCCAGCACGAAUUCAAAGCCUCCAGGGGGAGCCGGUAUAUCGCCUCACCGUGGGGAAGAGUAUGGCGAUCCGAGUCGAGAUACAUACGACACAGAGCUGCCGGAAUUGACGCAGAGUCUUGACUCUUUUGUGUCUUCCUUCCAGCAAGAUUCCGAGGCGAUUCCCGAUUUCAAUUCCCCUGAGACAGGCGAUCAGAACCAGCGGAUGAGCCUAACUGAGCCUGAACCAAGGAUCAGGUUUAUUCAAGCGGCCAAUAGGUCUUUUUCAGCAGGCUAUGUUGAAGACGAUCACGUACAUAACGAUGACAGUCCAAAUCGGGAACACCCGACUGAUCCAUCUAAUCCGAAUUCCGGCUCGACUUGGCUUUCUCGAUUGAAGCUUGAGAACGAUAUGGCCACAAAGAACUAUGAGAAGGCGAAAUUGGCUCCUGGAAGCAAAUGUGCCAAUCGGUCAAUCCUGGUGACUGGUGGCACAACUGGAAUCGGCUUCGCAGUAGCCAAACGCGCCCUGCUGGAAGGAGCAUCUCAUGUACACAUCUUUGCCGGCACCAUUCCAGGAGGAGCCUAUGCAGUGAAGAGACUCAAGAAGAUCACUGGACUGGAUGAUGCGCCCGUCUCAUUCUUCCUACCAGAUCCCGAGCGGAUGUUUCCCGUUCCCAGAUUUGAAUUUAACACUCUGGUCAACUGCGCUGCUGUCCAGAAUCCCACACCGCUGUCUAAAUACAACUUCGACGACAAAACCUGGUACGUCAAUGUGGCGUUGCCGGGAUGGUUCAUGAAGACCUUGUUACGGCGUUACGCCAGUAUUGGAGGGAGGAAGAUAGGCGGACUGGACCAUCGACCGAACGAGUUAGAAUCGCGGCUCAAUUCGACGUCGUGGUGUUCUGUCAAUCUAUCAAACCUCAUGGCAACUCAGGGCGGAUACGGCAUGCCGGAAUUUGCCGCAUCUCAGUCAGCUAUAUCUACUCUGACAAGGAUGAUGGUCUUGGAGUGCGGCAACGCCUACGUCAAAUACAGAGAUGUCAUGCCGCCAUUUCGCGCCAACAAUCUCGUCCAUGGACUCAUAGAUACUCCCUCGAACGAUAAUCAUAUGAGCAGAGGUGUGCAAGAAGAAGUCAGACAGAAGACCCCGUUAGGUCGAUUCGGCACAAUGGACGAGGUGGCAGACGCUGUCAUGUUUCUGCUUGACAACCCGUACGCAAACAAUUGUACGUUGAAUCUGGAUGGCGGAUUCAGCGCGAGAUGAGACAACACAGGAAUACCCUUCACCCUGAACUGAACCGGCGAAAAGAUGUGCUGCGUCGGAGCCCGAUGCUCGUGUGGUAGGUUUUCUUUGUCUCCUUUGAGACCCCUCCGGGCAACGAGCGCGGUCUCUGAUUCUGGAGUCUCACCCAGCUGUUCCGUCGGUCUGCGCAAGGAACAUCUGCCGGACAGCGAUCCCAAUGUCGGACAGGUUCUUCGCCAACGACUUCGACCACGACUAGGGAUCAGCUUCUUUCCAUCAAAUUGACCACAACCCUCACCGCUGCGGACGCGUCAUGGAUGGACUCUGACGAAGUUAAGCCUUCCUUCGCAGCAGCGCCAAACAUCGCGCCAUCGUUGGACGAUGAUCUGCAGCAACCGGUCACGCAGAAUUCACAGCUCGGGUGCCAGAACGCAAGAGGCACCAAUGACUUCAUCUCCAUUCGACUGUUGUAUCUCCUCGAUGUAACGAGCGUUUACUUUGUUGUAUAGUUGCCAUUUUGAGGGGAGAGUGGAUAUGUAGUUGCGGAUGCAUAUGUGGUGAAGCGUGGCCACACGAGCAGACGUACUGUGGUAUGCCAGCUUCGUACAAAUACACCAUCAAUCGAUACCUACCUGAGAUAUCGCGAUGUCUUACACCCCAUAAAUCUAUUGCGUCAAGUUCUUCAAUGGCGGAGCACAGCGUACCAUAUAUUUAAGGAACAUAAGGACAAG